UUGAAGCACACAGCAACUAAGAAAAUUCUCAGAAAUAGAAGAAGGAAAACACUGGAGCUAUGUCAGACUCAGAUGCAAUUACCUUCUCAGGCGCAGACGAUAUUCUGAAACCUCAGAGUUUUGUGGUAAAUGCAUGUACAGGUAGCAGAGUGGUGGGUAUUGAUGUGGGUGAAGCAGAGCUACAACCACUGCCACUCCCAACCACUGUUUCGGAGCUACACAAAAGUGAUAGAAGGGAAAUAUAUAUAGCAGCAGCUUCCGGAAAUUGGAGUGAGGCUUCAUCCUAUUUUAAAAUUCAUCCUCAUUGGUGGCGAAUUCCAUUAAACGAUGGUGGAAUUACAGCCCUACACGUGGCAGUGAGCAUGAGAAAAACUAGUUUUGUAGAAAAGGUGGUGAAAUGUAUGAAAAUGGAAGAUUUGGAAAGUUGCAAGGCAGAAGGGAACACAGCCCUUUGUUUGGCUGCGAUAACUGGAAAUGUGGAAAUUGCUGAAAUUCUUUUACGCAAGAACCCUAUGUUGCUAUGGAUUAGAGACCAAAACCAUAUGCUUCCAAUUCAAUUAGCAUCUUCUGCUGGCCACAUUCAAAUGACAGAAUUCUUAUUUCAAGCUCCAGGGGAGGACCUACACGACACUAUACCCUUCGAAGACAUCGUAAACCUAUUUUUCUUCGCCCUCAACAACAACAUUUACUCCGUAGCAUCAAAAUUGUUGGAGCGCUAUCCAAAAUUGGUUGCCAAAGAAAACAACGGGGGAUUCAUUCCUUUGCAAAUGCUUGCUCAAUUUUCCUUGUUCAAGGAAACUAUUGGUUAUGAAGAUAUUGUAAGUUCGUUGUUUAAGGGGAUGGAAGAAGAGAAUGAGUCUCUAAACAAUGCACAACUGUCAAAAGCGAUGUUCGAUGCAGCAAAAUCAGGAAACAUUGUGAUUUUAGAAUUUCUUUUCAAGUACUAUCCAUAUUUGCUAUUUGAAGUGGAUUCCAGGGAGCAAAGAAACUUGCUUCACAUUGCUAUUCUAUUUCGACAAGAAAGUGUAUACAGACUAAUAUUAAACCAGGGGGAUUCCAAGAAUGUGAUGAUGCAGUUGGUUGAUUUUGAGGGUAACAAUGUUCUUCACUUGGCUGGAAAAAUGGCUCAACCUGAAGAAAGAUUCGGAUUAUCCACAAAGCAUGUUUUUAUGCGUAGUGAAGAAAUAUGGUUUCAGGAAGUAGAGAAAAUAGUUCCACCUGCAAUGAAAGCAAUGAGAAAUAAAUAUGGUGUGACUCCUAAAGAAUUAUUUUAUUGGUCACACAAAGAGUUGCACAAAGAAUCUGUUUGUGCAGUGAAAGGUUUGGCGAAUACUCUAAUAGUGGUGGCAACUCUUGUGAUCACCAUGGGGAUAAGCAUAGCUGUAACCAUUCCUGUUAAGGAUGUUGAUAGUACAACUACUCCAAUAUUUGGGAAGAAGACAUGGUAUACCAUAUUUUUUUUAUCAGUUGGGUUUGAAACAUGUUUUUGUGCUUCAUCCAUGUUGUUCUAUGCUUCAGCUAUUUUCCCUUCAGAUCUGGAACCAAAAGAUGAGUAUAUCCACUUACAAGAAAAAAAGAUUAUUUUUGGCAGCGUGUCACUUUUUGUGUCUGCUGGAUGCAUGUUCAUUGCUGUUGUUUCGUGUGCGACGUUGAUCAUUGACUUCUUACCCAAGUGGGGCCCUUUCUUCACCUUUGGACUUGGUUCUUUGGUAUUCGUGGUGCAUUUUACCCUUGACUAUAGUUUGUGGAGUCGAGUUGUUCGGCACUUCGUGCCAUCCUUUUGCAGGGUACUUCAACACAAGCUGCCAAGAUUGUUAUGGACAAUCCGCAAGAGCGUAAAUUAGUUGGAAUAAACUAAUAUAUAAGAUUGUGCGCUCAA